UGAAUGGAAAGAAUUGUAUUUGAUUUGUUUGAUUUAAUUUGAAAAACGUUCGAAAUAACAAACAUUCGAGACUUUUUCGAGUUGAAUUUUUGAUCCGAUCUGCAGGGCAAACAACGCGUUACAAUAUCCCCCUUUUGUCCUCAAACUUCAAGUGUACCACAAUAAGGCAUUCGUGCUGUGUGGGGAUAUCCUGUUUAAUGAAGGACCAUUUCCCGUUUAUGCCCAUGGAUAUGCCCUGUGGCUAGCAUGUUUGUUUGCAAUUGGGCCUAGUUGACGUUAAGCAAGCUUCUUUGUGAUAAUGUUGAAUGUUCUGCUGCUUCUUGGGCUUGUCCCUGGUCUUCUAGCCAAAGCUCCAUUUCAGUUUGCGCCAGAGGAGCACCACGAAGAUGUCAUUGCGGAAUAUGGCAAGGAAAUAACUCUCGACUGCACCACUUUUGACACCAACCAUAGUUACGUGGAGUGGUAUCGCAAUGACUCGAAUCGUGCAGUCGUUCAAAGGCUUGAGGAUCGACACAUGCUUAUAUCCGCAAAUUACACUGGGCGAGUUGAUUUAAAGAAAAAGCACCUUCACAUCAAGCACGUAAAAUUCGAAGAUCAAGCUGUCUAUGUUUGCAGGACCGCUGUGCAAAAAGGCGAAGAAAUCUCAAUUCAACAUGGAACAUUCUGGAAGCUUAUCGUUAAACACGAGGAACUGUAAAGUCCACAUUCAGUCAAGAGUAACAGGGUUGAUGGUAAGACGACAUAUUGCAUCACCGAAAGGAAUCUUCCUUGUCGAGAACUGUUUUUCCAUUUGAAGCUUAUUUUGCGAUUGGUAGUUUUGGAAUUUGAGUAGAAUAUGUAUGAGUUUUGGAGGUAAAUGGUUAGAUGGAAAGUGCUGCUCUAAUUUUUGAGUCUUUAAACAAAUUUUUAAAUCUUUGGUAUAAAAAAUGAA